UUUGUAGCUCGCGUCUUGGUUUAUAUAUUCUCAAAAAACAAAUUCACAAAUUCCAACAUGGAUGCGAAGUUUAAAAAACAAUUUCAAGAAAAUGCCAGGAUAUAUAAAAAAUCGUUGGAUUCAAUCAUUGAAAAGUAUUCAAACCUUCCGUAUGAAGACGGCGGAGUCGAGAUCGCUCUCGAUGUCGUGGACCAAGAGAGUCUUGAUCGUUGUAUGAGGCAGGCGAAAAAAAAGCUGGAUAAACUAGCAGCCAAGAAUAUGGUGGUCUCAAGAGAAAGUUCUGCAAGAUGUGAUAAUUCCUAUGGAAGAACGGGAGAUUCACAGUUGGACUUAACACAUCAAAGCAGUAAAGGUGAUGACACUAAUACAUCCAGCCUCUGCUCUGGUGCUGAUCAUGGAAGUUAUUCCAGUGACUCGAGUCGGAUGACUGUCUGCUCAUUAAAUGAGUGUUUGCCAAACCUUUCUGUGUCUGAGCUUCAGCUCAAGGAUCAAGAUGAGCAACUGGAGAUGACUAUUGAAGAACAGAGCUGUCUUAUGGAGCAGUACUCCAGCAUGGUCGAUCGACUUAAUAAGGCAUUGAAUAGACAAAAUGUCUCAGAGGUCGCUGACUCUGUAGUCAGGAGGUACCGCAGAUGGCGACAGCAGUCCAAUCAAAGUAUUCUCAAAAAAACAUCUGCGAAACACAGAAAAGGCAGAAACUUAAAUGAGGUUAGGUCGUGGUCUUUGGAGACCACUCUGUCACCAGACAAACAAAGAGGCUCACUAAAGCGUUGUCACCGCCAACCUGUCCUAGCACUGGAUCAGUCUGCUCACAAUGGUUCCUUUGAACCAAGAGACGUCUCACUCCAUCGGACAUUGACACUUUCUCCUUUCCCACAGACCGAAGAAAUACGGCGCUCCCAUUCUAGUAGUCCUUCAAAACAUUACUUCCAACCUGCGAAAUCAUCAUUGAACUGGAUUCACAAGUCUGAAAGGCAUUCUCCCUCUGCAUUCUCAGAGAAGACUAGCAGGCCUUUCAUGUAUGCAGACCAACACUCUGUUGUUGAAGACAGAUCUUCUUUCAGCAGUUUGCCGGUCAAGCAGAGUCCUAGCAAAUUUGGGGCAAUAAGUGAGACAAGUAAAUCGCCUUCUGCUUUUUUAACAAGAAAAGAAAUGUCUGCAGAAAUGUUUUUCGGAGAGCCGUCGUGGCCCAGGUCCUGGUCUUCCCUCUCCUCUCCACAGAAGUCUGCUGUGCCCUUGAGAGUGAUUGACCCACAAAAUACCCGUCUCUUCUUCUCCCCUCAUUUGAAACCCCCUACAACAAAUCGCCCCAAGUUCCAGCGUAGCCUUUCUUUUGACUCUUCAUCGCCGUCCACCGCUUUACCUUUUUCACCUGAAAAGGUUGACGUGGAUUUCCAAAAGCUCUACCACAGGUAUGCUUGUGAGAAGAAAUAUUUCAACGACGGCCCCCCUUGCAGUCUCUGCACCAAAGGCCUUCAGGCCAGCCGGAUCCAGUCAGCUCUGGCUUUGUCGCCUCGCAGCUUGGUCUGGAGAAAACGCCACAGGGAGCAAGGCCGUGACGGCCAUCCCCAGUCCAAACGCGUGAGGAAUGAAUGCAGUACAUCCUCCCCUGGUUCCAAACGCUAUGAAAAAGAAAUGUUGAGGCGCCGUCAUUCCCAAUCCGAGUUGUCCGGUUAUGACCUCUCCAGCAGCAGAUACAGAUUGCAGCAGCGCUCAACAAAUGUGCACCAGGAGAUCAAUAGAAGCCAGGAACCGUCAGAUGUCAACACUACCUUUUUUCUACAUCGGUCCUUCACUUGAGGACAACUGAAAUGUCUACUCCUGGAUACUGAGAAAAAUAUUCCUCCUGCCAUGAAGAUUUCCUCUUUCAAGUCAUGAGAAGACAGUAAGAUAAGGCUCAAGUUGUUCAGAUUGUUUAGAUGUAAUUCUGUUCUGCAAUUCCAUUGAUUUUAUACAUUAUUGUAUACAUUAAGUUCAUCUUGUAAUGAGAUAAAAGGCUGGGUAUUCAUCUGGUCAGCCUUCCACCUCAAUUUUAUAAUAAUAAAAGUAUAAUUAUUUAUUGUACACAAAAAAUUGCAGUCAAUUGGACUAAUUCUGUUUAUUGUAUAACAUAUUUAUCAUAUUUCAGUCAAAACUUGAAGGCAACAGCCGUAGUUUAGACCCUUAACAAAAAGAGACAAGUGAUCAACUUUACAUAGAAAAAUUCCUCUUAGUAAAAUAAAGACAGCGCCACUCUUUGGCCACAGUAUUUGUGCGCUUUUCUGCUACUCCUAGCUACUAAGGCUUGAGUGGUAAAAAUAAAGACAUUUUUCACAUUGGAAAAAAAACAACCCAAAAUACACCAUCGUAGUUGCCUUCCUCGGUAACAUUUAGGUAAAACUUAACUCA